GUCAGAGGAGGAGCGACAUCAACGUCAGGUUACUUUCUGCUCCUCUCUCUCUGCUUCAGUGUGUCGACAGAAGUGACAGGAACAUGGACAAAACCAACACAGCUCCACAGCGUCGUUCCCCACAGACGAGUACCAGGUGUCGUACAGAUGUGACCCACGCCUGAAGCAUCUAUGAGAAGGACAACCAACAGGAAACAGAAUGGAGACCGUGAAUUCAUCCCACGACACCAACAUCAGCAGCGUCGAUAACAGCAGCCUCUUCUCUGGGAGUCAGUACACGGCUGUGGAGAUAGUGCUCAUCGUCCUGGUGGCCGGAACUCUGAGUCUGAUCACCGUCAUUGGAAACAUCCUGGUCAUGCUCUCCAUAAAGGUAAACAGGAACCUGCAGACCGUCAACAACUACUUCCUGUUCAGCCUGGCCUGUGCAGACCUCAUUAUCGGUGUCUGCUCCAUGAACCUCUACACUGUCUACAUUGUGAUUGGCUACUGGCCUUUAGGAGCUGUGGUCUGCGACCUGUGGCUGGCUGUUGAUUACGUCGUGAGCAACGCCUCGGUCAUGAACCUGCUCAUCAUUAGCUUUGACCGUUACUUCUGUGUCACCAAACCGCUCAGCUACCCGGCACACCGCAGCACCAAGAUGGCGGGCCUGAUGAUCGCCGCUGCCUGGGUGCUGUCCUUCAUCCUCUGGGCCCCGGCCAUCUUGUUCUGGCAGUUCAUCGUGGGUGGGAGAACCGUGCUGCCAGGUGAGUGCUACAUCCAGUUCUUCUCCAACCCGGCGGUUACAUUCGGGACGGCCAUAGCAGCCUUUUACCUGCCAGUGGCCAUCAUGAUCUACCUCUACUGGCGCAUCUCCAAGGCCAGCCGCAGCCGCGUGAGGAGGGACAGCAGGAAGACCUCGGGGACCAGUUUGGGGGAAGGCCACUCUCACAGCCCGGUGGACACAUGUGAUACCCAAAGCAACUGCGUGGAGACAAGGGAGCCUCAGGAGGAGGCCGGAGGUGGGAAAGAGAAAAAAAUGUUGCAGCAGCAGAACGGAGGUGGUGCCUCUAAGAAAGAGACGAGUGACCAGACGGACUCUGAAGGCGUCCAAGCUUCUACAUCUAAAUAUAUGGUUGCUGUACCUGUGCCAGCACAGACAGGAUCAAACGGUGGGAAAAAGACAAAUCAAACUCCAUCCCCGCAGAGCUCAGGGGUGGACAGGCAAAGUCUGGUCACAAGGACACUGGUUAAGGUAACAAAGCAGAGCGCCGUGGCAAAGUGGAAGAGGAGGGGCAUUUCAUCCCGGGAGAAAAAGGUGACGCGCACCAUCAUGGCCAUCCUGGUCGCUUUUGUUGUCACGUGGACACCGUACAACGUGAUGGUCCUGAUCAACACCUUCUGCACCAUCUGCAUCCCAAACUCACUGUGGACCAUCGGCUACUGGCUCUGCUACAUCAACAGCACCAUCAACCCAGCCUGCUACGCCCUCUGCAACGCCACCUUCAAAAAUACAUUCAAGCACCUGCUUCUGUGCCAGUACAAGAAAAUACGUGGAGCACGAUGAGCGUUAAAACACGGACUCACGUGGGUGAUGGAGUCAAUAUGUGAUUGUGAGAUGACACUAAUAUUCGAGAGAGCACGCUGCGGAAAUACGGAGUAGAUGUGUUCUCACUGUUCACUUGAAAUUCAUAAUCAUACUUAAAUUCUAAUGACUUGUUUGUCAGGAUCCCUCCAACACGAGUUUCAGCAGUAUGUUGUUUGAUAUGCAACCUCAUUUUUACCUCAGCAUUAAACGUGUAGUUAAUGUGAUACAAGUGUAAGUCUACUGUAAAAAGAAGUAGAAAUAGAAAUAUGAAAAAUACACUGUGUUGUUGACAUGUUGUUGCAAAAAGUGACACUGAGCUGUGAUUCUGUAAAAACCUGCUUGACCCAAGACGAGAGAAAGUGUGUGUGUGUGUGUGUGUGUGUGUGUAUGUGUGUGGUGUGUGUGGUGUGUGUGUGUGUGUG